UGCAUAGUGUGGGACUGGGAUUCCAAUGGCAAGCAUGACUUCAUUGGAGAGUUUAGCUCGACAUUCAAGGAAAUGCGAGGAGCUAUGGAAGGGAGACAGGUACAGUGGGAGUGCAUAAACCCCAAGUACAAAGCAAAGAAGAAGAAUUACAAGAACUCAGGCAUUGUCAUCCUUAACCAGUGCAAGAUUCACAAGAUGCAUUCUUUCUUAGAUUAUAUCAUGGGAGGCUGCCAAAUACAGUUUACAGUAGCUAUAGAUUUCACUGCGUCAAAUGGUGAUCCUAGAAACAGCUGCUCCCUGCACUACAUCCACCCCUAUCAGCCCAAUGAGUACUUGAAGGCAUUGGUAGCUGUUGGUGAGAUUUGCCAAGACUAUGACAGAUGGUCUGAACAGUCUAGUGUGGCCAAGAGCCGGCACCCAGGAAGCACUGCGUUGCUGUAUGCACGUGAGCGCAUUGGCGAGCUAGUUCUCAAUACU